UGGAUGACGGUGCUUCCGGAAGCGGAAGCUAGAGGGCGGCAUCCCCGGGCGUGAAAUUCUUCCUGCCUACAAGAUGCAGAGGGAAGAGAAGCAGCUGGAGGCGUCAGUGGACGCGCUGCUGAAUCAAGUGGCGGAUCUGAAAAGCUCCUUGGGAAGUUUUAUUUGCAAGCUGGAGAACGAGUAUGACCGGCUCACCUGGCCUUCAGUCCUGGACAGCUUCGCUCUGCUCUCUGGUCAGCUGAACACCCUCAACAAGGUCCUCAAGCACGAGAAGACCCCAUUGCUCCGGAACCAGGUUAUCAUUCCCCUGGUGCUGUCCCCGGACCGAGACGAAGAGCUCACGCGGCAGACAGAGGGCCGGGUUCCUGUCUUCAGUCAUGAGGUGGUCCCUGACCACCUGAGAACCAAACCAGACCCAGAGGUGGAGGAGCAGGAGAAGCAGCUGACGACAGAUGCAGCUCGAAUCGGCACAGAUGCUGCCCAGAAGCAAAUUCAGACCCUGAAUAAAAUGUGCUCAAAUCUACUGGAGAAAAUCAGCAAAGAGGAACGAGAAUCAGAAAGUGGAGGUCUCCGUCAGAAUAAACAGACCUUCAACCCCACAGACACCAACGCCCUGGUGGCUGCAGUUGCUUUUGGUAAGGGUCUGUCCAACUGGAGACCUCCUGGCACCAGUGGCCCCGGCCAGCCAGGCCAGCCUGGGGCAGGGACCCUCCUGGCUGGAGCUUCAGGCAUGCAGCAAGUUCAGAUGACAGGAGGAUCCGGCCAGCAGCAGAGCACCCUGCUCAGCGGAGUACAGAUGGCGCAAGCCAGCCAGCCAGGUAAGAUGCCAAGUGGCAUCAAAACCAACAUCAAGUCAGCUUCAAUGCACCCCUACCAGCGGUGAGCUGCCCACCCACCACUGACACUCUGCCUCCUCAGCCACUUGGACCGCCCUCUCCUUUUCUGAAUGCCUGGGCCUACUUUUGAAGGGACAGAGGUCGUCCAUGGACAGAGCCCCUUGCAGGCACACCCCGUCUCAGAGGCCAGACCUUUGCAAGGCUUUCCCUCCACCUUAAGAUCACCUAGGACUCCUGACGGCUGAGGCCUCACUCUGGCUCAGGGAAGCAUCUGUGUAACCUGUCCAGCCUAGAAGGUAGUGUUGGCCCUACGAGCUGGGUUUGGUUGACCCUCAAGGCCUGUCCAGUCCCUGGCCUUUGGGGCCCUUUCCAUGAAGGCUUCCUUGGACAGAGGCAGUUGUUGCAGCUGUUAAGAGAAGGUGGGGCAGGGAUCCCAGUCUUAGUCUGGGAGCUGAUGGAACAGGCCAGUGUGAAGAACAGGACUGUCCCGUUGUUAAAUAGAAAAAAGCUUUCUCUCCUGCUCUCUGAGCAAGCACCCAAGGAGGAGAUAGCCUCAGGGCCUUUGGCAAACUGCUCCACCUUUGACCUGAAUCUGGUGUGGGAUCUGUGCCUGGGGAGGGGGAGGGCUGAGGGGUCUCCCCUCAUCUCUGCCUACCUGCUCUUAGGCAGUGACAGCAAGAGGGCCCAGGAGUGUUGCCAUGUCAGCUGCCUGGCUUCCUGCAUGCUGUGCUGGGCCUGUUCCACAGGAAUGCUGCUGUUCCAGCUCUCUCCUCUCCAGGGCUUCCCUUUGGGCAGAUAGCUGGCCCUGGGUACCACAGGAAUCCCUCCUGGGUCCCUUGUGUAUCAUCAGAAUAAAAAAAGCAUUAAAGUGA